GUAUCUGGUCAGAGGUACAAGUGACCGUCUGAUGGUGCUAUGCCUGCCCCUGAAACAAAAGCCCUUUGCCACCAUCAUCUUGCAUGUGCCCUCCCAAUGACGAACCGCGAUGACGAAGAGGAACGUUUCCACAGAAAUUUAGAGAGACUCAAUGCAGAAGUCCCACCAUCCAACAAUCUGAUUUUAAUGGAUGAUUUUAACGCUCGAGUUAGCAGCAAUGCUCAAACGUGGAAGAGAUUCAUCGUACCGCGUGGGAUUGGCCAACUAGAGAGCAAUGAUCUAUGUUUGUUCAGUGAACAUUCCAGACGCCAUCUCGUGAUCACAGACACCAUCUUCCAUCAGGCAAACAAAAGGAAAACACCCUGGAUGCAUCCACCGUGUAAGAAGUGGCAUCUCACCAACUACAUCAGAGUACGGCAGAGGGACUUUGAGGAUGUGUGGAUCACGGCAGCCAUGCUUAGAGCAGAGUGUUGGAUGGACUAUUUUGUCUGAUGUGUUCCAAGCUCACACUGACUAAAUGACCAUUGCAUCGAAAAGUAGCUUGCAACGCAGCCGGCUUCAGGCAGUAAUUGAGGGAGAGGAAUACCACAUUGCUGUCAUCUCCUUGUGAGUGGGACUGGCAAAAUAGUUGGCCUUCCAGCUCUUCUUACUCCACGAGACGUAAAUUCAAGGCAUCAACCGAGAGAUUGCCUCACCAGGCCCCAGGCAUGGAAGAGGUGAUAUGGGAACAGUACACUGUGACUUUACAAAAGGAUUCCAAAAGGGGGUUUGGCAUCGCCGUGUCAGGAGGCAGAGAUAAUCCCCACUUCGAAAAUGGCGAAACAUCGAUUGUCAUCUCUGAUGUACUCUCAGGUGGUCCCGCUGAUGGGCUCCUUCAAGAAAAUGAUCGGGUAGUUAUGGUCAAUGGCACACCUAUGGAAGAUGUGCCCCAUUCAUUCGCAGUGCAGCAGUUGAGAAAAAGUGGCAAGGUCGCUGUCAUUGUAGUGAAGAGACCCCGGAAGGUCCAGCUGGCACCCCUCAGAGGAAGCCCGUCCUUGGAGCAUGAUGACCGGGCUUUUGGUGUGAUGGAUGACCGUGCAGAGUUUGAUGGCAGGAGUGCCCGCAGUGGCUACAGUGAGAGGAGCUGGCACAGUGGCAAUGGGGGCCGCAGCCGGGAUACCAGUCCCGAGAGGGGGCGCCCUCACGACAGAGUACGCGGCAGAGAGCGGAGCUACAGUCGUGGCUGCAGUCUGGAGCGGGGUUUGGAUCACGACUAUGGGAGAGACCGGAGCCGAGGCCGGAGCGUCGACCGGCUUGAUGGCUAUGGCUACGAGCGCAGCUACGGCAGGGAUUACAGCCCACAGGACGUUAAACAGGAAAGGGAGAUGAUGAGGAGCCACAGCCGAGAUCAACUGAUCUGCUGCCCCACACCCGAGCUUCGCCGCCGGCAGGAUUGCUCAGAACAGCAAGAUCCAGAAAGGCCCAUCGGAGUCCUUUUGAUAAAAGGCAAACCAAAUGAAGAAUAUGGUCUCCGUCUGGGGAGUCAGAUCUUCAUUAAGGAGAUGACUAGAACUGGUUUAGCAACCAAAGAUGGCAACCUUCACAAAGGGGACAUAAUUCUCAAGAUCAACGGCACUGUGACAGAGAAUAUGUCUUUAACCGAUGCUCGAAAAUUGAUAGAAAAAUCACGAGGAAAACUGCAGUUGGUAGUUUUGAGAGACAGCAAACAAACUCUGAUCAACAUUCCUUCAUUAAAUGACAGUGACUCGGAAAUAGAGGAUAUUUCAGAAAUAGAGUCAAACCGAUCAUUCUCUCCAGAUGAUAGAAGAUUGCAUCAUUCUGAUUUUGAUUAUCAUUCCUCAAAUGAAAAACUGAAGGAAAAGACAAAGGAGGACACACCAAAUAGACUAUCUAGGAUGGGAGCAACUCCUACACCAUUUAAAUCCACCAGUGAUAUUUCUGCCACUGUUAUCUCAGAAGCCAACAAAGAACUCAAAUACCAAGAAGACCCCCCAGUUUCCCCACCCAAAGGAGUUCCCAAAACUUUUCUGCAACCUAGUCCUGAAGAUGAAGCAAUAUAUGGCCCUAAUACAAAAAUGGUGAAAUUCAAGAAAGGAGACAACGUGGGCCUUCGCCUGGCUGGUGGCAAUGAUGUGGGGAUAUUUGUUGCUGGCAUUCAAGAAGGCACUUCAGCUGACGAAGAAGGCCUACAGGAAGGAGACCAGAUUCUAAAGGUAAACACACAAGACUUCAGAGGCUUGGUUCGAGAAGAUGCAGUUCUUUAUCUACUAGAGAUCCCCAAAGGUGAUACAGUGACUAUCUUGGCCCAGAGUAGAGCUGAUGUGUACAGAGAAAUCCUAGCCUGUGGCAGAGGGGAUUCAUUUUUCAUAAGGAGCCAUUUUGAAUGUGAGAGAGAAUCUCCUCAAAGCUUAGCCUUCACCAGAGGAGAGAUCUUCAGAGUGGUGGAUACACUGUAUGAUGGCAAGCUGGGCAACUGGCUAGCAGUGAGAAUUGGAAAUGAACUGGAAAAGGGCUUAAUUCCAAACAGAAGCAGAGCUGACCAGAUGGCCAGUGUUCAGAACGCCCAGAGAGAUAACUCCGGUGACAGGGCAGAUUUCUGGAGAAUGCGAGGCCAGAGGUCUGGAAUGAAAAAGAACCUGAGGAAGAGUCGGGAAGACUUGACAGCUAUUGUUUCCGUUAGCACAAAGUUCCCAGCCUACGAGAGGGUUCUUCUGCGAGAGGCUGGUUUCAAGAGACCUGUGGUCCUUUUUGGCCCGAUAGCUGAUAUAGCAAUGGAGAAGCUGGCUAAUGAACUGCCUGAUCUGUAUCAAGCUGCUAAGACUGAGCCAAAAGAUGCAGGCUCUGAGAAGUCCAGUGGAGUCGUUCGAUUAAACACUGUGAGGCAAAUUAUUGAACAGGAUAAACAUGCGCUGUUAGAUGUGACUCCAAAGGCUGUGGACCUAUUGAACUAUACCCAGUGGUUUCCAAUUGUGAUCUUCUUCAACCCAGACACUAGACAGGGUGUGAAAACAAUGAGAAACCGGCUGAAUCCCUCUUCCAACAAGAGUUCUCGAAAGCUGUAUGAUCAAGCCAAUAAGUUAAAAAAGACUUGUGCUUAUCUCUUUACAGCUACAAUCAAUUUAAAUUCUGCCAAUGAUAGUUGGUAUGGCAGCUUGAAAGACUCAAUUCAGCAUCAGCAAGGAGAAGCAGUUUGGGUGUCGGAAGGAAAGGUGGAUGGGAUGGACGAUGAUCUUGAAGAUCGCAUGUCAUACCUAACGGCCAUGGGAGCUGACUACCUGAGCUGUGACAGCCGCUUGAUCAGUGACUUUGAAGACACGGACGGAGAAGGAGGCGCAUAUACAGACAAUGAGCUGGAUGAACCUACAGAAGAGCUGCAGGUUUCUUCAAUUACCCGCUCCUCUGAGCCAGUGCAGUUGGAGGAGAGCAUAGGAAAACCCAGCCCAGAGCCAAGAGCUCAUAUGAGGAGAGCUGCCAGCAGAGAUCACCUUAGGGAUAAUAGCCCACCUCCAGCAUUCAAGCCCGAACCACCAAAGGCCAAGCUCCAGAGCAAAGAAGAAUUUUAUGACUAUCCUAAGUCCUACGAAUAUAAAUCAAGUAUCUCUGGUAUCGGCAGUAAUGAAAUUCCCGUGGCAGUUGCCAAAGGACCCCCACCACCUCUAUAUGCAAAACCUGCUAUUGCCCGAUCGAUUCUGAAGACCUCGACAUCAUCUGCCAAUCCACACCCAGAGGAUGAGGUGGUAGAUGAGGGAAAUGUGGCUGAAGAAGACACCACUCCAAGAUCUGUUUUGGGCAAAGUUAAAAUAUUUGAAAAGAUGGACCACAAAGCCAGAAUACAAAGAAUGCAAGAAAUCCAAGAAGCACAAAAUGCAAGGCUUGAAAUAGCUCAGAAGCAUCCUGAUAUCUAUGCCGUCCCAAUCAAGGCACCAAAACCAGACCCUAACUUAUCCCAGUUUUCAAGGUCACCUGAAUCUCAGAAACCACCUUUUAGAAUUUGCCGAGAUGCCAGGGGGAGUUAUGGGAGUGAUGCUGAGGAAGAAGACUAUCGCCAGCAGCUCUCGGAACAUUCGAAGCGUGGAUAUUAUGGGCAACCAUCCAGAUACCGGGAUACUGAAUUGUAAAUUCACUAAUAUAUCUGUCUUCUGGGCCAAGAAUCAGAGUAGCACUCUUGCAGGAAAACUGGGAUGGGUUUUGUUGGGGUUUUUUGGUAGAAGUGGAACAUGGAGAGCUAUCUGGUUGGCUUAUAAAGUUCUAUUUUUGGAAUGGGGUGGGUGGGAGGUAAGGCUAUAUAAACUGAUUUAUAAACGCACACUGGAAGUGGAGGAUCUCUUUUCUGAGAGUGGGUUGGGUUACAGAAUUAAGACAAAAAAACACUUUGUGGUCUGAAUAUUGUUACUUGUGUCAUGGACCAAGAGUUAUUUUAAAAGUUGUAUCAGUUUUGUUUUAAUAUUUCUAACUUACUAAAGAGUGAUAACUUUUUCCUCAUACUGCCUUAAAGGACUACUCCAUUGAGUGAAUGUGAGUUCAGAGACAAAGAGAAGACAUGGUUUAAACUAAAUUCAGCUAAACCUUUUAAUUCAAAUCUUUAAGUGCCUUUUAGAGAAGGAUCAUCAACUUUCUUCAACUAAUACUUAAAGCCAUAAUAUACUAAAGAGUAUUUUGACUAAUUUUUUGUACUGGUUUCGUAGUUAUAAUUUUCUCUGCAUAGUAUCUAUUUUUCAGGCACUGAUCAGUUUUCCCUAAGUGCAGGCUGUGUAUAUAUAUAUAUAUAUAUAAUAGGUAUGCAUACUUGGUAAUCUGGCUAAUCAAUAUCAAGAAGCUUGAAGGGCCAAGAAGUUGGUGUAGAAAUUCAGUUCAUUUUUGUUUUAAGCUAUUGCACAAAAUCAAAUAAAUAUAUUCUAUAUAAUCA